GAGCCCCCAUGGAAAUGGCGGCCGCAUACAAUUCAACCUAACAAGUAACAACACGUCCUCCAUAUUUGCCCUUUUUAGAACCCUAAUUUGGCAAUCCCAGGAUGCUUCCAAUCAACAAUUGCUUCUUGUUAAAUGAAACCAAUCGAUCAACAAUGCAAUAAUCGACAAAACUCUGCUGACGAAACUGUAAAUUGAAUAUAUCCAUGGCCUUUUUACGCACUAGGCUUUCCUGGGGUUCUUCACUUCUGUUGCAGGGCACGAACCUGACUCGUCCUGGAGUCGGUGAAGGGAUUGGAGGAAGUCUUCAACAUAGAUAUAGCCCGAUUUCCGGCAUAGAGAAAAGAGUGAAGAAAUUGGAACAAGAGGAAGGAAGCCUGAUUCCAGAGGAUGAAAUUGCCAAGAUUAGGCAUUUAUUUGAUGAUGCAAAAGAGAAAUUCCGUAAAGUACCUGAUGCUUUGAAAGAAAUGCCGAAAAUGAAUCCUAAAGGCAUAUAUGUCAAUAAGAACUUGAGAUUGGACAAAGUACAAGUGUAUGGAUUUGAUUACGACUACACAUUGGCACACUAUUCUGCCUGUUUACAGAGCUUAAUCUAUGAUCUAGCGAAAGAGCAUUUGGUUAAUGAGCUUAAAUACCCUGAAAGUUGUAUCGAUUUCAAAUAUGAUAAUUCAUUUCCGAUAAGAGGGCUUUAUUACGACAAGUCAAAGGGUUGCCUUUUGAAGCUUGAUUUCUUUGGAUCAAUUGAGCCUGAUGGUUGCUAUUAUGGCAGGCGCAAGCUUAGCAGGUCAGAAAUCAAUCAUUUGUAUGGAACACGGCAUAUUGGCCGUGAUCUAGCUCGAGGACUGGUGGGUUUAAUGGACUUUUUUUGCUUCAGUGAGGCAUGCCUUAUUGCGGAUAUUGUUCAACAUUUUGUUGAUGCCAAGCUGGAAUUUGAUCCUACUUAUGUUUACCAAGAUGUUAAUCGAGCGAUUCAGCAUGUACAUCAAAGUGGUUUGAUGCAUCGAGCAAUUCUCUCUGAUCCAAAGAAGUACCUUGUAAAGAAUGGACAAAUGCUCCGCUUUAUAAGAAUGCUAAGAGAGAAUGGAAAGAAGCUUUUCUUGUUAACAAAUUCCCCUUUUUAUUUUGUUGAUGGAGGAAUGCGCUUCAUGUUGGAGGACUCACUAGGAAAACAAGAUUCGUGGAGGGAACUCUUUGAUGUUAUAAUUGCAAAAGCCAACAAACCAGAUUUCUAUACAUCUGAGCAUCCAUUUCGCUGCUAUGAUGUGGAGAAAGAUACUCUAGCAUUUUCAAAGGUGGAUGCUUUCCUUCCGAAUCACGUUUACUAUCAUGGCUGCCUGAAGACAUUUUUGAAUAUAACUAAGUGGAAUGGUCCAGAGGUGAUAUACUUUGGGGACCAUCUAUUUAGUGACCUGAGAGGGCCAUCGAAAGCUGGGUGGCGAACUGCUGCCAUCAUUCAUGAAUUGGAGAAUGAAAUACGUGUCCAGAAUGAAGAUAGUUAUCGGUUCGAACAGGCGAAGUUUCAUAUAAUACAAGAACUUCUUGGAAACCUACACGGGACUGCUUGCAACGGUGAGGGACGUGAAGCGUACAUGCUGCUUCUUAAAGAGCUGAAUGAUGCAAGACAGAAGGCACGAGACAGAAUGAAAGCAAUGUUUAACAGUUCAUUUGGAGCUACAUUCCUCACAGACACAGGUCAAGAAUCUGCAUUCGCCUACCACAUCCAUCGAUAUGCUGAUGUUUAUACCAGCAAGCCCGAAAACUUCUUGUUUUACCAGCCGGAGGCAUGGCUGCACGUACCAUAUGACAUCAAAAUAAUGCCGCACCAUGUGAAGGUAUCUUCGGACUUGUUUCGAGCAUGAUGGUUUCAUUCUCCAUCUCCAAACUGGAACUGGAUGUUUGUUUAUACACAAAGUUGAACCAUUUUUGGAUAACCGAUGAAGUUGAGCUGUGGAUAAUGCUUUCAAGGCCAGGAAGUAAGAGUGAUAUAUCUUUCAACAUUUCAUUCUUUCAUAAUUUAAACUCUGAGGAUAUUCGAUUUAAGGAUGAUGCUUUGUGCACAUAAAUUUUGCAUUGUUGAUGUCUAGUUUCCAUUUGUCAUUUUAUUGACAACAAUGUAGAAUUAAUGAUUUUGUGCCUCAAUAUGGAUGCACUGUUUCUUUCCUA